ACAUACAUCGGAAACAUAUUGAUAGCAGUCAACCCGUACAAGAUGAUAGACAUCUACGGCUUGGACGUUGUGGAGAAAUACGAAGGAGCAUUGUUUGGAUCGCAACCUCCACACUUGUUUGCGAUUGGCAAUGCAUCGUUCAACAGUUUAAAAGAUACCAACGAAGACCAAGUUGUUAUAAUAAGUGGUGAAAGUGGAGCCGGAAAGACGGAGAGCACGAAGUUACUGAUGCACUAUCUGGCGAUGACGUCAACGUCAGCAACAACUUCCCUAUCUCCAUCAACCAAUCAGAAUCGAUCGAGUCACGUGACGGAGAAAAUUAUCGAAGCGUCGCCAUUGUUGGAGUCGUUUGGGAACGCGAAAACCAUAAGAAACGAUAACUCCAGUCGGUUUGGGAAGUACGUCGAACUCUUCUUCCAAGGAGGCGGGCUGGUUGGCGCACAGACGACAGAGUAUUUGCUAGAAAGAUCGAGAAUCGUCAAGCAGGUCGGAUGCGAGCGUAACUACCACAUAUUCUACGAGAUGAUGAAGGGACUGGCGGACGACAGGAAGGCUUGUCUUCAUCUUUCAAGUGUUGAUGAGUUCUCUUACCUCAACAGGGGUGAGGCCAGUAAUCUGGAGUCACGUGACGACGCUGAGAACUUCCGGUCAGUUGAGAUGGCCUUCAGCAUGCAUCAGUUCGCCAAGGAGGAAAAAGAUUCCAUCUUCAAGAUACUCGCCUCCAUUCUUCACCUCGGAAACAUCAACUUCAAAAAAGCGGAAAACGUUCAUCGCAUGGACGGCGUUAAAAUGGAAUCCGACGCAUCUAGCAGGAUCGUGUGUCUGUUGCUUCAACUGGAUAGGGAGGGCCUGGAUAAGGUCCUUACCACAAGAGUCACGCUGGCAAGAAAUGAGAAACUAGUAACACCCCUAACUGAAGAACAAGCGUUAGACGUAAGAGAUAGUAUAUCAAAAGCUUUGUACCAUCACCUCUUCAAGUGGCUGGUUGAGAAGAUCAACCGGAAUAUGAAAUGCUGCCUCGAGAAGAGAGAGGCCAUCAACUCUAUCGCCAUCCUCGACAUUUUCGGUUUUGAAGAUCUACGGCACAACAGCUUCGAGCAGCUAUGCAUCAACUACGCCAAUGAAGCCCUGCAGCACCACUUCAUCGCCCACAUCUUCCGGAUCGAGCAGGAUGAGUACAGCAGGGAGGGCGUCCAGUGGUGCAACAUCGAAUUCCUCGAUAACAUCCAGGUCGUCGACCUCAUCGGCAAGAAACCAAGUGGAAUCUUUUGUCUACUAGAUGAAGAGAGCAACUUUCCUAAUGGAACAGAUCAAUCGUUCCUGGAAAAGUGCCACCACCGCCACAACAGCCACAUGUCGUACGUGAAGCCGAGAAUGAGAGAGCCGUCCUUUUCCAUCAAUCAUUAUGCUGGCACCGUUACUUACAAUGUUGCCGAAUUCCUCAACAAAAACCGCGACACCCUCAAAUACGAAGUGUUGAACCUUGUCUCAAGGAGCAGCAACGCAUUCGUCGCCAACAUGUUUUUAGACGUUCUCAACAUGGAUGGUGGCGAGAAGAGAACGGCCACCACAACGAUGAUAAAGGCGGCCACUAACGUCAGCAGCAACAAGUCGACUAAGGCGGUCAGCGUGUCCGCAAUGUUUAAUGAGUCUCUCAGGUCUCUGGUUGAAACCAUGACUAAAUGCAACCCAUGGUUCAUAAGAUGCAUCAAGCCCAACACCGACAAGACAGCCAUGCAGUUUGUCGACGAAGUUGUCAUGGAUCAGUUGAAGGCAACUGGCAUGCUGGAAACUGUUAAGAUUCGCAAACUGGGAUUCCCUGUCAGACAGAACUUUGCGUUGUUCUGUAAAAGGUAG